GAAAAUGAUUCCUUGUUUAUUAUCAAUGAUUUUUGGCACAAUCUCUACAAUGAUAUUUGGAUUUUAUUGGUAUUCAAUAAUAUUUCUGGAUCGUUACUUAAAAGAAGCAAACAUUAAAUAAAAUAAUGAACAUUAAUUAAAUGAUUAAAAUAGUGGACCUAUGAUUUUAGAAUUAUUGGCAAGAUUCAUAUAAGCAUCAUUAAUCACUUACUUAUACAAACUUCUUAAAGGAAAUGUAAUAUUAAUAAAUUAAAAUAGAACGAAAGAGAUUUUGGUUUGGCGCUAUCUUUGGCUGUGUUUUUUUUUGUCGGUUUUUAAGUAUAAUAUUAUACUUCAAAAGUUGUUUGGGAGUAAAAAACUUGGAAUUACUUUUUUAUAAAAGUGACUGAACAAUUUAUAUCACUUUCCACUCUUUCCAUAAUUGCAUACAUUUUUGUAUCAUGA